AUGGCCGCAUCAUCGUCAUCAUCCAUGGCUCUCUCUUCUCCAACCUUGGCUGGCAAGCAAGUCAAGCUGAACCCAUCAAGCCAAGAAUUGGGAGCUGCAAGGUUCACCAUGAGGAAGUCUGCUACCACCAAGAAAGUAGCCUCCUCUGGAAGCCCAUGGUACGGACCAGACCGUGUUAAGUACUUAGGCCCAUUCUCUGGUGAGUCCCCGUCCUACUUGACUGGAGAAUUCCCAGGUGACUACGGUUGGGACACUGCUGGACUCUCUGCUGACCCAGAGACAUUUUCCAAGAACCGUGAGCUUGAGAGCUUUUUGUCCCGUAACGGCGUUAAAUUCGGUGAAGCAGUGUGGUUCAAGGCAGGAUCUCAAAUCUUUAGUGAAGGUGGACUUGACUACUUAGGCAACCCAAGCUUGGUCCAUGCUCAAAGCAUCCUAGCCAUAUGGGCUACUCAAGUUAUCUUGAUGGGAGCUGUUGAAGGCUACCGUAUUGCCGGUGGCCCUCUUGGUGAGGUUGUUGACCCACUUUACCCAGGUGGCAGUUUUGAUCCAUUGGGCUUAGCUGAAGACCCAGAAGCUUUUGCAGAAUUGAAGGUGAAGGAACUCAAAAACGGUAGAUUAGCUAUGUUCUCUAUGUUUGGAUUCUUUGUUCAAGCUAUUGUAACUGGAAAGGGACCUUUGGAGAAUCUCGCCGAUCAUCUUGCGGACCCAGUUAACAACAAUGCAUGGUCAUAUGCCACCAACUUUGUUCCUGGAAAGUGA